GGCUCUUCCACACUGAAGGCUGUUUCUCACUGUCUGUCCUUCUUGCGUUCCUCAGUGUGGACCAUGAUGAAGAGCACUGGGUAAACCCACAGCUUCUCAACAAGUAUGCGUGUGAGCUUACGUUUGACCCCAACACAGUGAAUGAACACCUUGUCCUGUCUGAGUCCAACAAAGAAGUGAAGUAUACUGAAGAGAAGCAGCUGUAUCCUGAUCACCCAGAGAGAUUUGAUAAAACGAAGCAGGUGCUGUCUAGUGACACAAAAAUUCUCCUUCAUACUUUCCACACCACCUUCACUGAGCCUCUCCACCCUUUGGCCCUGUCCAGUGUAGUGAAGCCAAAAAUGGAUCCUGAUCAGUCAAGCUUCAUACCGGAGGUGACGACAGAAAGAAUAGGCAUCUCAUACAAGUUCAUAUUCCCAGGUCCAGGUUUGUUCCGGUGUUCUUUGACUGGACUGGUUUUUAAUGUGACUCAUGAAGGGGAGGUCAGAUACAGGACUCUGAUCUGGGAUCUCAUGCUCCUCCAGCCUGCUCUUAAGGUUCCUGCAGGACCACUGUUCAGCAUUGAGUGUGCUGAGGACUCCAUCCGUCAGCUCCACCUCCCACACUGUGAACCUGAACCUGCACUGGUCUCUGAAAGCCUCAGUGUGGUCAACAUGUCCGAUCAUGGAAUGAGCAUCAUACAGCCGCUGGAGGUCACUCAAACCCACGUGGUGGUGGACAUCCCUCACCUCUCUGCCUUUGGCAUCAUCUGGGAUGUCAUCAAGAGGUUUUUCAAUUUCAUGACAAAACCAAUAAGUGGCCAAGUCCUGCUGUUCCUGCAACAACCGUACCCCUCAGAGGAACAGACCCUCAGUGUGAUUCUGCUACCGAGCAAUGUGCCACUGGUGGAGGUAAAAGUGCAACAUAUAGACUCUCAGUUCAUCCAGGCACCUUCGAACUGUCUUAUCCACAGAGAACAACGUUACAGCCUGUUUAGUGACCCAGACAGCUAUAAAAUACAGCCUGAUCGUGCAGUAUUUUCUGACAGAUACGGUCCAAACUACCACAUAACCUAUGAGGUCAUGCUGAUGACGAGCACAAAGGAAGUGACUCUGAUGUUGAGAGAUCCAGAGAGUAUACAAGUGUGGCAGCACAACCUCCAUCUGCCUGUCUCAUCUUCAGGCACUUCUUCAGUUCAAACUCUACCAAGGUUGGCAGACGACAUCUCAGCAGAGAAGAAGCUGCUCACUGUCAGGUCAGCGUUCAUCUACAGAGUGUCUUCUCCUGUUCUGGACAACCUGCUGGAUAAACUGCUGGCAGAGGGAGUUAUAACUGAUGCUGAGAGAGAGACGGCCAUGACCAAACCCAGACAACACAAAGCACAGGAUGUGAUUGACAUGAAACGGACUCCACGAGGGGGUCAUGAGGGCCUGACGUUUCAUGAUGCAGACAGUUGA